AUGCAAUGUAAUCAAACAUAUUAUUUAGUGAAGCCAGGAUUACCGAACUAUCAAUUCCUCAGUACCUAUUUUCUCAGGCAAGUCAAUGCUACAAUAAAUUGUGCUGGCGAAUGUGAACUCAAUCCCUACUGUCUGUCGUUUUCCUAUAUUGUUGUAAGUUCGGUAUAUUCUACUCAUCGUUUUAAUAAUAAUAAUAAUAAUAAUAAUAAUAAUAAUAAUAAUAAUAAUAAUAAUACACAGUCAUUUAUUGAUAUUUAUGUUAUAAAUGGUGCUUAUAUACAAGAGACAUUACAAAUAAACGUGACUAUCAGGUAUCGAAAUCCACUAAACAGUUUUGAUCCUAUAGAAAGUCGAACGGUUAUCGAGUUGGAUGCAUAA